AUGUUGGGCCAUGUGGCCAUCGUGCAGAGUGGCAUGCUGCCCAUUACCCAAGCGGUGCUACAGCCGAGGAAGAGGGAGAAGCCGGUGGUCACGUUCCGCUCCACCAUUGCAAUUGCUCCCUAUACUCCCUUUACCGCUUUUAACCCUCUCUGCUGGUCUGCCACUGAAAAGCAUGCCAAUGAGUACUUGCUUGAGACAACUUAA